GCAGUGCCCACAGCAGCAGACAUCUCCCACUGACACCAUGAAGUGCUUGAUUGUCCUGAGUGCUGUGCUCGCCGUGGCCCUGGCCAAGCCCGGCUACCUGGGAGCCGGCGUCGUCGCCCCCGCCGUCGCUGCCGCCCCAGGCAUUGCUGCUGCUGUCCAGCCCGCACCAGUACUUGUGGGUGGUAUCCACCCAGGCCUAGCAGCCUACGGUCCAGCCAACAUCGUCGUCGGGCCUGGCGGCUACAACCUGGACACGGCUGACGUGGCAGCCGCAAGGGGCGCCCACCUGGCCGCCGUCGCCCAGACGAGGGCCCGUGACGCCGCCAUCAACGGCGCCGCCCUCGCCGCCGCCUACGGCGCCUACGCGGCCCCCGCAGUGGUCGCCGCUCCCGCAGUGGCUGCUGUGGCGCCGGCUGCCUACGCUGCCCCUUCGGCUGCCUUGUUGGCUGCCAAGGCUGCCUAUCACGGUUGAUGUGACUGCACUAGGUGAAGGUUCAGACCAUUGAGACAGCUAACCUCACUGAGUAUCAUACCUCAGCCCCAAAAGCACAUGCCAGAAUAUAAUAUGAACUUAUAUUUAUCCAUAUUAUAUAUUAUGUAAAUAAAUUAUUUCUUGUUGCAAAAUA